AAUUACCUAAUUAUGGCUAGUGACGAUCCUAUUGCUAACGCACCACUUGCUUCAGUUGAAUUUGAAGUAUUCGGAAAAGUUCAGGGUUGUUACUUUACUAAAUACACACGUGAUUUAUGCAGAUCACUUGGAAUAACCGGUUGGGUUAAAAAUAGUAAAACCGGCAGUAUUUUGGGGAAAAUGCAAGGACCCAAGCCAUAUGUUGAUCAAAUGGCGCAUUGGUUAACAACUGUAGGAAGUCCAGGAUGUCAAAUUCAUCAUACAGAAUUUACUAACUGGGAAACAAUUCGAAGGCCAUCAUAUCGAGAUUUCGGAAUACGUUUUUAA